AUGAACUUCGUGCUACCCCGAAGGUUUACUCUGCCGACCACCCUAACUCCCUAUGAUGGGUUAGGUGAUCCGAAGAAAUACAUCAAGAAAUUCACCUCCAUAAUGAUAGUAAAUGGUGCAUCCAAUAAAGUUUUAUGCCGUUGUUUUCCAUCUUACUUAGACGGUCCUGCACUUGAUUGGUUUUGUUCUUUGCCUGAAGGUUCCAUUUCUCGAUUUCGAGACAUAUCAAAGCCCUUUGAGGAGCACUUCGCUGGAUGUUCCAUUUCUCGAUUCCGAGACAUAUCAAAACCCUUUGAGGAGCACUUUGCUGGAUCAGCCAUCUACCUCCACGACUCCGAUUACCUGAACACAGUCAAGCAAGGCCAUCAUGAAAGCCUCAAGGACUACAUGACGCGCUUCACAAAGAUAGCCAUAAGUAUACUUGACCUCCACCCCGAGGUGGAACUACACGCCAUAAAAAGCGGACUACGACCAGGAAAAUUCCAGGAAACUAUUGUUGUGGCCAAACCAAAAACUAUGGCCGAGUUCCGUGAAAAAGCUAAAGGACAAAUCGACAUCGAAGAACUCCGACAAGCUCAAAAAGUAGAAAAGCCUCACUAUAGAGACGACGACAAAACACGGGACAGUAAGAAGAAUUUCAAACCAAUUCCACGAUAUGGUCGCCAAGACAAAGAUCGGCAACAAUCACCUUGA